AUGGGCAACUUUAAUGUGGAUAUGGCCUCCAACUCUUAUGAUAGUACUCAAAUAAACUAUUUUGUAACAUCUUCAAAUCUCCAUCUUGUACCAUACCAAACUACGCAUCACUUGAGGGCGCCUAGCACUUUGCUGGAUCUGUGUAUAAUUGAUGAUGCAUCCAAAUUGACAGCCUUUGGUCAGCAUGGGGUAGCGUUCUUAUCUGCACAUGACUUAAUUUUUAUUAAAUAUGAUAUCAAAAUACGACGACGAAAUAUCAGAACGAUCAUUUGCAGAAAUUAUGAAAAUUUUAAUGAGGUAGACUUUUUAUCUGAGAUUCAAGACAUCGACUGGACUCAGGUUUGGAACUCGGAUUGUAUUAAUCGUAAAGUAGAGGUACUAAACGCAAAACUACUGGAGUGCUACAAUAAGCAUGCACCGCUUCAACAGAUUGGCUGCAAGAAUCUUCCGGUUCCGUGGAUUACCAAUGAACUUAAGGCUGCAAUGCAUGAAAGAGAUAUGGCAAGACGGACUUGGUGUAGGAGGCAAGACGACGUGAGCUAUCAACGUUUCAAAACCUUGAGAAACAGUGUGCAGAGUGCAGUUAGGGCUGCGAAACGUGAGUAUUAUCUGUCAGCCUUUGUGCGUCUGAGUAACCCUCAUGAGGUGUGGAGCCGGCUGAGGUAUCUGGGACUGGUUAAAACAAGGGGUGUCAGCGGCCCUCUUCAACUUUCUGUGGAUGAACUCAGUGAUUUCUUUGUGCAAUCUGACGGAGAAGUAACAAUGAACACCUUCGAUGAACCUAGUUUGACCCUCGAACAAGACAAGGUUAAUGAGGAUGACUCAUAUUGGAAGUAUAUUACUCCAUCGGAUAUCUUCACCGUAGUGUCAUGGAUCAAAUCGAGUGCCACGGGCACUGACGGAAUAGCUCCUGAGCUGAUCAAAUUGGUGCUCCCGUAUAUCAUGCCGGUUAUUGAGCAUAUCUUUAAUUUCUCUCUAAUGCAGGGAGUAUUUCCUGCGCAAUGGAAGACAGCUCGGGUGUGUCCGAUUCCGAAGAUCAGGAAUCCAACCUUGGUGCAGCACUACAGGCUAAUUUCCAUUCUUCCUUCUCUUUCAAAGGCACUGGAAAGGUUGGUGGAAGAGCAAAUUUGCUCUUCUAGAAACUUCAAAUCUAGAAACUUCAAAUCUUCUUGA